AUGGUCCGAAACUACAAACGGAAGACUGACCGGGCAAAUUGGUCAGAGAAGCAAAUGAAGCUUGCUAUCUUGGCAGUAGAAAACAAAGAGCUGUCCAUAAGAAAAGCUGCCGUUGUCUUUGGGGUUCCCAAGGAUUCACUAAAUCGCCGAGUGCAAGGUAAGCUGAAAAGUUUAUCCGCAGAGGAGAAACAUAAAAAUAUUUUGGGGCGUUAUCGUGCAAUUCUCACCCAUGACCAAGAGAAAGAGCUUGAAGACCACAUAAUCAACAUGGAUCAAGCUUUUUAUGGUCUUUCCAUAAAUGACAUCAGAGCCAUUGUCUAUGACUAUUGUCAAAAGAACAAUAUUAAGAACAAUUUCAAUUCGGAUAACAAAAUGGCUGGUCGUGACUUCGUUGCGGGUUUUAUGAAGCGCCACCCAAAGUUGUCACUUCGAAGACCAGAAUCAGUGUCUGUGAAUCGGGUUUUUGGUUUAAACAAGACCUCUGUGAAUUUAUACUUUGAUAACCUGGAAACUGUGUUGGAUAAACAUAACUUUAAACCACAUGAAAUCUUUAAUUGUGAUGAGAGUGGUUUGACCUGUGUUCACAAACCAGUGAAAGUCGUUGCGCCAAAGGGAAAGCGAUGUGUCUCCUCUGUUACUAGCGGUGAACGUGGUCAAAUAACAACCAUUUUAGUGGCCUAUAGUGCAUCAGGUACAUACAUUCCACCAAUGAUGAUCUUUAAAAGUAAACGCAACCGGCCGGAGUUGGUUGAUCAUGCUCCUGCAGGGACUAUUGGACGCUGCUCUCCAAAUGGAUGGAUCGAUGCGGACCUGUUUCUGGAUUACUUGAAGCACUUUGUAACAUUUACAAAGUGUUCGAAAGAUUCCCCAGUGUUAUUGAUCCUUGAUGUUCAUAAAACACACACAAAGAUUCUCUCCACCAUAGAGUAUGCUCGUGAUAAUGGUGUUGUCAUCCUGUCACUCCCUCCACACACCUCCCACAAGCUCCAACCACUGGAUCGAAGUUUCUUCAAACCGCUCAAGAGUGCUUUCAAUGCAGCAUGCUCAACCUGGAUGCGAAACCACCCUGGCGGCAGAAUCACUGUCGACAAGCUUGGGGAGCUGUUCAAUGCUGCCUAUUUAAAAGCUGCUACCAUUGAGAAUGCUGUGUCAGGAUUCCGAUGCACUGGCAUUGUCCCAUUGAACAAAAAAAUUUUGCCUUCAUCUGAUUUCCUAGAGGACCCCCGUGUUGUUGGUACACCAUCGGAUGAGACCUUGUCUUCCCUUGCUAACACAGCUAAUCAGAGCCCAAGCCAUGAAGAAGCAUCAUCUUCAGAAGCACAAACCAGAGAGUCCUUUCCAGCGACUGAAGAGACUACACUAAUGCCACCUGUAUUCUCAGAACCCAGAAAUUCUUCACCCACACAAGAUGAACCACCUGCAGUCGACCACGUCAGCUUUUCAAUGAUAAUGAAACUGCCUACCCUCACCGAGAAGAAGAAGUCAAAGAGAUCUGAGGAGUCUAGGAUAGUCACUAGUUCUCCAUAUAAACAAUCUCUUGUCGAGAACAUAGCUGAACAAAACAAAAAAAGCAAACGAAAACUUUCUGCCAAAGAAAAGAAGUCGAAGAAAGCUGAGGAUCAACUGCCAAAAGCCAAGAAAGCUAAGACUGAUAACAAGAAAUCGGCAAAAGCUAAGAAUGUUAACAUGGACAUUGAGGAAGAUUCUCAAUAUCCCAUGUGUGAUGGAUUUUGGACAGAGUCAUUGCCUGGAGAGGAUUGGGUCCAGUGUUGCAAGUGCGAAAAGUGGUUGCAUGAAGAUUGUUGUUGCUCUGUGACACCAACAACUGUAAUAUGUGACAUUUGCUAUGACUGUUAG